AUGACGAGAAGGCGGGCAUUCUGGGUCCCUGACUCCUCUGGUGGCCUCGUGAACCUUGGAAUGGACCUAGGUGAUGAUAUGGUUUCAGGACUUAGCUAUAAAACUUUCUCUGUGAAGGAUGGCACCUGGCACCAGCAGGAGAAGAAGCAGAGGGCGCUGGAGAAGGAAGAUGUCCUUCCUUGUGGAAAGUACGAUGCUGCCUGGAGGACCAUGAUUCCCAUUCGCCCCAAACCCAAAUUUCCUGCUCCUCCGUCCCAGGAUGACGCUGGCCUGUUCUCCUUCCUGACCCUGUCAUGGCUCACCCCACUAAUGACCCAAAGCUUACAGUUUCACCUAAACGAGGACACCAUCCCUGAGCUGUCAGUCCAUGAUGCCUCGGAAAAAAAUGGCAAAAGACUUAGUCUCCUUUGGGAAGAGGAAGUCUCAAAGCACGGCCUUGAGAAAGCUUCGGUACUCCGAGUGAUGAUGAGGUUCCAAAGAACAAGGUUUAUCUUGCACGUGUUUGUGGGCAUCCUCUUCUGCGUGGCAAGCAUAUUAGGGCCGGCACUGAUUAUACCAAGGAUCCUGGAGUAUUCUGAAGAGCCAUCACGGAAUAUUGUCUAUGGAGUGGGACUCUGCUUUGCCCUUUUCCUCACCGAAUGCUUGAAGUCUCUGGCCCUGUGCUCAUGCUGGGUCAUCAGCCAGUACACAGCAAUAAGGUUUCGCACAGCUGUUUCCUCACUUGCCUUUGAGAAGUUGAUUCAGUUUAAAUCUCUGACUCACAUCUCCACGGGAGAGGUCAUCAGCUUCUUUACCAGCGAUUUGAACUACGUGUUUGAAGGUGUAUACUACGGUCCCCUAGCUGUGCUGGCAUGCUCAUCCCUGCUUGCCUGUGGUAUUGCCUCCUACUUCAUUCUUGGACCCACUGGGCUGAUUUCUACCUUUUUCUACUUGCUGGUUUUCCCACUAGAGGCAUUCCUGACCCAAAAGGAUGUGGAGAUACAGAAACGCACCGCAGUGGUCAGCGACCAACGCAUCCGGGUAACCAGUGAGGUUCUCACUUCUAUUAAGCUGAUCAAAAUGUACACCUGGGAGAAACCAUUUGCAGCAAGAAUAGAAGGUCUAAGAAAGAAGGAAAGAAAAUUAUUGGAAAAGAGUGGGCUAGUCCAGAGCUUGACUACUACUAUCUUGUUUGUAUUCCCAACCUUGUCCACAAUGAUAAUGUUCCUCAUCCAUAUAGCCUUGAAAUUGAAACUCACCCCUUCAACAGCCUUCGCUGCAGUGACCAUCUUGAGUCCUCUGAGGCUGUCAGUGUUCUUAGCACCUUUCGCAGUCAAAGGCCUCACAAAUUCCAAGUCUGCAGCUGACAGGUUCAAGAAAUUUUUCCUCCAAGAGUCUCCUGUUUCAUAUGUCCAGGAAUUAAAAGACUCUAGCAAGAUGUUGAUUAUGAAUGGGGCCACUUUAUCAUGGAGAAAGACCUUCCCUGGGAUUGUCAAUGGAGCAUUGGAGUUGGAGAGGAAUGGACACACCUCUGAGAGGGCAACCAGUGCUCAACCCCCUUUAGAUGGCCUCAGGCCAGAAGACAGAGGGGACAGCCUAGGUCCAGAGUUGCACAAGAUAAACCUAGUGGUGUCAAAGGGUAAAAUGUUAGGGGUCUGUGGCAACACAGGGAGUGGCAAGAGCAACCUGUUGUCAGCCGUCUUGGGGGAGAUGCACUUGCUCGAGGGCUCCGUGGAGGUGCACAGAAGCCUCGCCUAUGUCCCCCAGCAGGCCUGGAUCAUAGGGGGUAGCAUCAGGGAGAACAUCCUUAUGGGAAGCCAGUAUGACAAGGCCCGGUACCUCCAGGUUCUCCACUGCUGCUCCCUGAAAAGGGACCUGGAAAUUCUGCCCUUCGGAGAUAUGACAGAGAUUGGGGAGCGAGGCCUCAACCUUUCUGGGGGUCAGAAGCAGAGAAUCAGCCUGGCCAGGGCUGUCUACUCCAGUCGAGAGAUCUACCUCUUUGAUGACCCCUUGUCGGCUGUGGAUGCUCAUGUUGGGAAACAUAUCUUUGAGGAGUGCAUGAAGAAGAUGCUCCUGGGGAAGACCAUCAUCCUGGUGACCCACCAGCUGCAGUAUUUAGAAUUUUGUGACCAGAUCAUUUUACUAGAAGAAGGGAAAAUCCGUGAAGCUGGAACUCAUGAUGAGUUAGUACAGAGAAAGGGGAAGUAUGCCCAACUCAUCCAGAAGAUGCAUGAAGAAGCCGAUCGGAAUUCAUCACAUGACACAACAAAGAUAUCAGAGAAGCCGCAGGUGAAUGGUCAAGCUUAUGCCACCACCCAAGAAUACCCUCUCAAUGAAAAUACUGUGCCGGAGAUUCAGCUUACAAAGAAGGAGGAGAUGAAAGAAGGUUCCCUGAAUUGGCGUGUCUACCACCACUAUAUCCAGGCAGCUGGAGGUUAUAUAGUCUCUCUCACAGCUUGUCUUCUCAUGGUUAUGAGCAUCUCCCUCCUGACCUUCAACUUCUGGUGGCUGAGCUAUUGGUUGGACCAGGGCUCAGGGACCAAUAGCAGCCAAAAAAGCAAUGGAACCAACACAGACCCAGGUGAUGUGCUGGACAAUCCACAGCUACCUUUUUACCAACUGGUAUACAUCCUCAGCGCCCUGUUCCUAUCCUGCACUGAGAUCUGUUUCUCAGGGGUUUUCACCAAGGUCACAAAGAAGGCCUCUACAGUCCUUCAUGACAAGCUCUUCAGCAAGGUCCUCUACUUCCCCAUGAGUUUCUUUGACACAACCCCAAUGGGCCAACUCUUGAACUGCUUUGCAGGAGACUUGGAUGAGCUGGAUCAGAGCUUGCCCAUGGUCGCAGAAAAGUUCCUGCUCUUGUUUUUGAUGGUGAUCGCCACCCUGUUGAUUAUCAGUGUAAUGUCACCAUAUAUCCUGCUGAUGGCAGUUGUACUGGCUGUUUUCUGCCUCACUUUUUACAUGUUUUUUAAAAGGGCUGUCAAUGUGUUGAAGAGGUUGGAGAACUACAGCCGCUCGCCUUUCUUUUCCCAUAUCCUCACCUCUCUGCAUGGUCUGAGCUCUAUCCACGUCUAUGAAAAAAAUGCAGACUUCAUCAGUCAGUUUAAAAGACUGAUUGAUGUCCAGAGUAACUACAUGCUGCUAUUUCUGGCUGCCACACGAUGGGUAGGACUGAGGCUGGAGAUCAUGACCAAUCUGCUGACCUUGGCUGUAGCUCUGUUUGUGGCUUUUGGCUUUUCUUCUACCUCCUAUUCCUAUAAAACCAUGGCCAUCAGCUUUGUACUGCAGAUGGCAUCCAACUACCAGUCCUGUGCCCGGCUUGGUUCAGAGACAGAGGCGCGCCUCACAGCUGCAGAGAGGAUGCUACAGUACAUGAAGAUGAGUGUCUCUGAGGCUCCUUUGCAUGUGGAAGGUGCUUGCUGUCUCCCCGGGUGGCCGCAGCAUGGGGAAAUCACUUUCGAGGACUAUCGGAUGAAAUACCGGGACAACACCCCUGCUGUUCUUGAUGGCAUCAACUUAACGAUCCACGGUCAAGAAGUGGUGGGCAUCGUUGGAAGGACAGGCUCUGGGAAGUCCUCCUUGGGAGUGGCUCUCUUCCGCUUGGUGGAGCCCAUGGCAGGACGGAUUCUCAUUGAUGGUGUGGACAUCUGCAGCAUCAGCCUGGAGGAGCUGCGAUCCAAGCUCUCGGUUAUCCCUCAAGAUCCUGUCCUGCUCUCUGGAACCAUCAGAUUCAACCUAGAUCCCUUUGGCAACUAUACAGAUGAACAGAUCUGGGAUGCCUUGGGAAAGACAUACCUGACCAAGACAAUCUCAAAGUUUCCAAAGAGACUGUAUGCUGAAGUUGUGGAGAAUGGUGAAAACUUCUCUGUUGGGGAGAGGCAGCUGCUGUGUGUCACCCGGGCCCUCCUUCAAAACUCCAAGAUCAUCCUUAUUGAUGAAGCCACAGCCUCCAUCGACCUGGAGAUGGACACACUGAUUCAGCACACCAUCAGGGAGGCCUUCCGGGACUGCACAGUGCUGGUCAUUGCACACCGUCUCCUCACGGUCCUCAACUGUGACCGUAUCCUUGUCAUGGACAACGGCAAGGUCAUGGAGUUUGACAAGCCUGAGGUCUUACAGAACAAGCCUGGGUCAAUGUUUGCAGCCCUGCUGGCUACCGCUAGCAAUUUACCGAGAUAA